UUCCCCUCUCCGUGGAACGGCACCCCGUUUCUCCACCUGGUCUUCUCUCCCGCCGCAACCACUCGCGCUGCUGCCUCCCAGUUCCAGGCUCCCACGGUCCCACCCCAACCCCGACGACCGUAGUCACCGGACACCUUCUCGGCAACAAGGCUACCGCACGAGCCAGUCACCUUGUGCUGGCACGCCCCCGCUCUGUCUCCCAACCCGCGUGGUCCACGCUCCCAAGGGUUUGGAGCUCCCGUGGCGGCGUGGCCAAUGGCGAUGCGAGGCUGGUAGCUUCUCGGCCGGCGGCGGAGGAUGAGGAGCAACGGCGAAGCGGGGGCGGCGUGGGAGGAGGUCGGAGCGGGCGGCGGAGUGAGGAGACGGAAGGGUCGCGCGGACGCGGCUGGCGCGUCCUCUUCCUUCAAGGCGGGGAUGGGGGAGUUCGUGCUGAGCUCCAUGGACGCGCGGUUCUCCGGAUCGGCCGACUUGGAUGGGUUGUUCCUCUCGUCGCCGCAUCCAGCAUUCGACCUUAGUAAAUCCACAACUGCAAGUUCUGGUGUCUUUAAAGGGCAAGAGCACGUUUUUGUAAGAUCAUACUCUGAUAGGUUGCUGAAGUGUGACCUCACUUUGGAUAUGCUAUCAGAAAAUGAGAAGAUAAGGAUAAUCGAGAAGCUGGUAAAGAUCCAGAGUGAUGGUACACUGGAGGUAGAUGUGACACGUAGUGCUCUUGUUGCCUCAGAACUCUCUGAGAUUGAUGCUUUUGGUUCAGUACCACGUGAUAUUGAAGAAUUUACAUCUGGAAUCAGCAAGUCAGUCCCAAAGUUGAAGAUUGCCAUACUUGUAGUUGGAACACGAGGGGAUGUUCAACCUUUUAUAGCAUUAGCCAAACGACUUCAGGAAUUUGGUCAUUAUGUGAGAUUGGCAACUCAUGUCAAUUUCCGUACUUUUGUGAAGUCAGCUGGCGUUGAUUUUUACCCAUUGGGUGGUGAUCCACGAAUUAUGGCUCAGUAUAUGACAAAAAACAAAGGGUUUUGCCUAGCUGCGCCCACAGAGAUUUCCGUUCAAAGAAAGCAGCUUAAGGAAAUCAUCUUCUCACUUCUACCUGCAUGCACAGAACCUGAUUUGGAUACCGGAACAUCUUUUAGAGCUCAGGCAAUAAUUGCAAAUCCUCCUGCUUAUGGGCAUCUUCAUAUUGCUGAGGCACUUGGAGUACCUCUGCAUAUCUUCUUCACUUUUCCAUGGACGCCAACUGAUGAGUUCCCACAUCCAUUGGCACGAAUGCCUCAAAGCGCAACUUAUAGGCUAUCCUAUCUUAUUCUGGAUUUAAUAAUUUGGUGGGGCACCAGGGGAUUCAUAAAUGAUUUCAGGAAGAAGUUACACUUGCCCCCUAUUGCUUAUUUCAGCACAUACCAUGGAUCUAUAUCACACUUACCUACUGGAUACAUGUGGAGCCCUCAACUUAUGCCGAAGCCAAAAGAUUGGGGUCCUCUAGUAGAUGUUGUGGGAUAUUGCUUCUUAAAUCUUGGAACGAAGUAUCAACCACCACUGGAGUUAUCGCAGUGGCUUGAACAGGGGCCCAAGCCAAUAUACAUUGGUUUUGGUAGCAUGCCUCUUGAUGAUGAGAAGAAAGUCACUACUAUCAUUGUGGAUGCACUAAGAGAAAUAGGACAGAGGGGAAUCAUGAGCCGUGGUUGGGGAGAUCUUGGAAGUUUUUCAGAAGUUCCAGCUGAUGUCUUCAUCUUGGAGGAUUGUCCUCAUGACUGGCUCUUUCCUCGCUGUGCUGCAGUGGUGCAUCAUGGUGGAGCAGGUACUACAGCCUCAGGGUUGAUAGCUGGGUGUCCUACUACCGUUGUGCCAUUUUUUGGAGACCAGUUCUUCUGGGGUGAGAGAAUUCAUGCACGAGGAGUGGGUCCUGCACCUGUACCUAUAGCAGAACUUACUGUCAAGGCACUUUCAAAUGCAAUAAGAUUCAUGCUUGAUCCUGAGGUAAAAUUACGGGCAAUGGAACUGGCGAUAGCAAUAGGGAAUGAGGAUGGUGUGGCAGCUGCUGUAGACGCAUUUCAUCGACAUCUGCCUUCAGAAUUGCCGCUUGCUCCUGCUCCACCCACACCUGUAGAGGAAGAACGCUUAGACUUCUUCCAAUGGUUUUCUCGAGCCCUUGAGACGUGUUGUUUUCCAUUCAAUUUUUAGUGGUGGUCCAUAGUUUAGGUAUAUGUUAAGAUGUAUUCAUUUUAUCAUUUAUGGGUUGAAAUUAGAACUCUGGAAUUUUUUUCUAAAAGAAUCGAAAUAAAUGCUGGUUUAGGCCAACGGUGAUUGUUCCUUCUUCCCAUCCCAUUGUGGAUGCCAUAAGUAAAGGUUGUGGUGUUACAGCUUUGCUGUUGUAAAUGGUUUGGCGACUACAGUUGUAUUCAUAUUACAUUUAGAAUUUGUAUCAGUAAAAAACUAUGUAUGACUACCAAAAUG